AUGCUGCCACGUCGACCCGGCUCCAUGCCAACAAGAUGGCCACCGUCUACAACCUCUGACUCCAACCAGACAGACAGCCACGAUGACAAAGUGCGACGCCAUGCUGCCAAGUUGUCCAUCUCGAGUUUACCAAAGUCCAGAAGCCUCUGUCUCCAACAAGACAGACGCCACGCUGACAACCGCCGUGUUGCCAUCAGAUCAUUGACUAACCGCCAUCUUGCCAAGUUGACGAGUGUAUCCAACUGGAAUGAUCAUAAUCAAAGC